UUCGAAUUCACCCUAUUUCGUGAAGUAUGUGGACUACCUCCAGGGCAAUUCUAACGGUUCUACUAUGCAAUCCUCUCUUUCCCGCUGUCCUGCUCCUGUCCAUCGUUCUUCGCUCCGAUCAGAUCCCGACUAAGCCGCCACAGAUCGAUCUCCCGCUCAGCGCAGCGCCAUUCCUCCUCAGUUGCGAAGGAAGCCCUUCCAAUCUUCGCUCGUUGUACCGACGUUUAGCGGGAGUUGUCCCAAUGGUAUCGUUAUUGGCGGCACAUGUGCCAUUGUCCGCGCAGGCAGCGCUCUCAUUGGCCAGCUCGUUUAGCUAGCUCCCGCCCCGCA